UGGAUAUUUUUCUACAAUAAACAGUUUUGCAAAACGAAUGACUAUAUAUCUAUUAUAUAGGAUUUUCAGGGAGAAAGUUGAUGCGCGCGCACUCACGGAAUUUGUCACCAAGAUUAGUCAAUCAGACGUGUGAAGAUACUUUUAUUAAACGCAGAGACGAGCUUUCCCAUGAAUCCUUCUUCGAAGUGGGUAAUCGAUUCAAAACGAAACUCGCCGUCAUACAAUCGAGAGUGGAGAAAGGAAGAUUUGUUGUAAACGGGCGCGUUUUCGUCGCCCGGAGCGAUUCCGAGAAGAAUUUAGCUGCUUAAUCAGAAAGUUAACGUUUUACGAUGGGCACCGAUCAAACGAAGCAUAUUUUACCGGAGGAAAAUACCAAGAGAAGAAGUGGGUUCCUUAUUCGUAACAUUCACCGUUCUACCUGGUGGCUGUCUCCCACCUGACGGACCGCGAGAACUCUUCCCACAUCGAAGAAGUAAAACUCUCGGACGUUUUCUGAUCUUCAACAGUCCCGAACUCGUUCUCGUCGACGUAUAAACUCGUUAAAUCCAACUGGCGGCUCAGCCUCUUCCUGAUCUCUCGCCUGUUUUCAAACAGGAAGGAAAGAAGAAAGGAAGGAAGACGUUCCGUGCUGAAUUCAAUGCUAGUCUCUUGAAAGACGAGCAGAGGCGAGAAUUUCUUCCGCGCCAUUAGAUGAAAACACGAUACUGAUUAGAUCAAAGAAGUUGAAACAAACACGUUAAGACAAUAAGGGCAACGUGUCUUCUUCACAUCGGAUCUCAGCGAGAUAGUUAAAAGAAAGUAAUCUCAUUUUCAUUUACGAGGAUUGUAAACAACAGAGACAAGCUACUGAAAGUAUCCGUAAAUUAAUACAGGAAAUUCUGAUGUACCAAAAUUGGUGAAACUCAAAGAAGAAUACAACGGGUGCUUUGUCGUGGUGUGAACAUCGGGAUUGAAAGCUAGAAAGGAAAUUAUUUUCCGCGAUGAAACGAAGAUACUUGUGUUUUCUAUGGACCACGUUGAUACUGCGGGUGGACAUCUUUAUAGCGGCUGAAGUCGAUCCUGCAAUUUUAAAUCCCGAUUUGUCGCACUUUCAACAAGGUCGCAUUGUGCACGAUCCGCGACCUCGUCUCUCAGUCUCUCAGCAAGCCCAGAUAUUAAGCGACGUACAGCAACAUCAGCAACGAUAUCGACGUCCUACACAAGAUACCAAAAACUCGCGGGUAACAGCCUUUCCCCCUUAUGAUCAGGUACAAUCUAGUACGCCGUAUUCUUCUUUGGCUAAAUACAAGGUCGAUCGUACGAAGCAACAACAGUUGCAGCAAUUGCUUCAGCAGCAACAACAGGUGCAACAGCUCUUACAACGACAACAACAAAAGAUCGCUCAACAAUUUAGUGCUUCGAAUUUAGUGAAUGGCGGUGGUUCAGCUCAGACACCACAAUUCCAGCAGCAACAAUACAAUAAUGGCCAAUACAACCAGAAUGGCUUCCAAAAUCUUCAUCAAGAUUUAUCGCAACCACUGUUUAGCGAUCAGCAGACAGUGCAGCUGCAAGAAUAUCUCGAAAAACAACGCGAACUGGAACUGUUGCAAAAGCAACGACAACAAUUGCUGUAUGAGCAGCAAGAAUUGCGUAAGCAACAAGAGCAACUACGACUUGAGCAACUACAAAGGCUCACGUCCACUACGGCACCUCUGUCAACCGCAACAUCAUCCCCGAUUGUUGUCAGCACCACUUCCACGCCAUUACUAUUAUCUUCGCCAAAGGCGCGACGAAUCACACCAUCGGAAGCAGAGCUUUUUCUUAAGGCAAUUGCUAAUCAUCAGAAAAAAUAUACAACAACAGCAAUAUCAACAACAAGCACGACCACUACUACCACACCUUCGCCAUCUAAACAUCUAAUAAAUUCCAAGACUCGGGAGAUAUCGGAAAAUUUACUCAGUCUUAUUCAGGAUCAAGAAAAUCGAUUGGCGCAGCAGAUCAAACCGAAGCCGCAGAUCAAAGUGAUUUAUCAAACCGAUAAACCCAGCACUACACAACAAAAUUCCGGCGGUAAAAGCAGAAGUUCCCAACAAUUCGCAAUUUCUGAGAGAGAACUAUUACUAAAACAGCUUAAGCUCGCUUUAGCUCAGUCCGGCGACGAUGAUGAUGUUAUCAGAAAUGUCACUACCAGAGAUCUGAUAUUGCCGAACGGCAAGAAGAUUCAACUUAUUCAUGCGCCAAACGGUUUGCCCUCCAUUGCACCAUCAACCGAUAGCUCUACUAUUCAGACAUCGAGUCUAUUACCUUCGACGACAACCAUAAAGCCGCCGAAGACAAUCUUUGAGGAGUUAACAAAGGGUGGUGUGCUACCACCAGGCGCUGAUUUCGAAAUUAUCCGACAAAAGAGCGACGGAAAGCUUGAGGAGAUCGGUAAGACGCCCAUCAUUCAGAAUCCGGCAAAGAAGGUCACGUUUGUGGUAUUAGAGGAACAGCCGGAUGGCAGUUAUAAAGUGCAGGGUGUCAAAGGUAAUGCCAAUGACAAGGAAAGCGGCACCGAUGUUGAAUCCAUCGUUGAGAAGAUUAAGAAAGGCGAGCUAAAGUUACCACCCAGCUCAUUCGUAUCGACUACACAGCCUUCCACGCUCGAACAUUAUGAAUCAAGCUUCGAUCCAAAUUUAGUGUCUUCUGGUACAUCCAGAUCGUCUCUUCAAUCUGUCAGCACCACAGCAGCGACUUUCAGACCAACCACCCUUAGAUCCACCUCAAAAUAUAGUGAGAGCAAGCCACCAACGACAGAUUACUUUCCUUACAUUACGGUCUCACCAAACUCAGUGUCCACGACCGACAAGUACGUGACCUCGGCAUCCAGUGUCACGGGCCAUGUAUACAAUGCGUUAAAUCCCAGCCCAACCAAGACGAGCUUGUCAGACCACAUUCCGCGAGUGACCACCAAGUAUUCAUCAUCUACUAGAAGUCAAUUUAUUCCGACGAUGGCUCCGGUAAACGAAAUCGUGACGACAGUGACGCCGACAACCUCUUACAUCCAUUUCUCUAGAAUUCCAUCGACGGAAGCCUCGUCGACAUUGAAAGCAUCAUCUUAUAGCACCUUACAAUCUAGUUCGCAGAACAGCAAUAUUGUUUCGCAGGGAAAAGACUAUGAAAGCACCACCGUGUUACCUUCAACGGAAAAUCCGUCGGAAGGUUUAGCCUCGUUAUUGAGGAGAGAGGGUCUUUUCGCUAUGGCAAAGUAUCUGAGGCAAUCAGGAUUGGAUAAUGUAUUAAACGAAACUGGUCCAUACACUGUAUUCGUCCCUACAGACAAAGCAUUUAGGACGUUAUUGGUACAGCUGGGAGGACCAGAGAAAGCUGAAGAAAAGUUCCACGAUAAUCCGAGACUCUUAAGUGGGCUCCUUCUUCAUCACGUUAUACCUGGAGCCUUCAAGAUCGACAUCCUGCAGGACGAAAUGACCGGUGUCAGUCUCGCCGGGACGCAAUUACGAGUAAAUGAGUAUGCGAUGCAAGAUCACGAGUGGAACGAUAUAAAAGUAACGACAAUAAACGGAGCACGCGUCGCGCCCAGCAAACGGGAUAUCGAGAUUCCUCAAGGUAUCGCUCACGCUGUCGACAGAGUCAUGUUCCCGCUUCCGGUUGGAGAUUUAGUGCAGACUCUACAAGCCGAUCGUGAGAGGAGGUUCACCAUGUUCCUCAGAAUGCUUCACGUGUCAGGUUUAGAGGAUACGCUCGCGGGACCAAAGACAUUCACCAUCUUUGCACCGAUCGAUUCCGCUUUCACCGAUGCGUCUGUGAAGAACGGCGCGCCAGUCUGGACCGAAGAGGAUGGUGCGGAAGCGGCAAAGGCUAUAAUCUCGCGGCAUGUGAUUCCUACAACUCUUUAUACAGCGGGCAUGAGAUAUUAUAUUCAAAAGGACACCCUUCGUCCGCAGUCGCCAAUUCAUAUUCACAAAAAUGGUGGACGAGUACGAAUAAACGAGGCACACGUUGUAACUCAUAAUGUGCCAGCAACGAAUGGAGUGUUACAUGCUAUUGAUGGAGUUUUAUAAGUCUUUUUUGUGGUUUGAAGGAUGGGUAUAAGUCGACGAUAUAAAAUUGCGUAAAGCGUAAGUUGCAAUCAUGCAAGUGAUAUCACUCGUAAUAUAACAAUUUAUGUACAAUUUCUUUCGAAAAAUAUGUAAGGUGGACAUAAUUUUUUUUACACAAGUGCGAUGGGGACAAUGCAUAUUAACAGCAAUUAGAUUAUACCAAUACUUGCAUAAAUAUAUGUUUCGUCUGGCAUCGUAAUUGGAUUCAUUUAUCAAUAAAUUGACGAAUUAUGCCAUAGGUAUCGCGAAAUUUGACGAAAAAGUAACGAGACCUCACUUUUAACAUUGUGUAUGUAUACAUACUAAUUUAUAUACAUAUAAGAUAAACGUACACACACAUUACAGUGAUUCGAUGUACUCGUGCACAAGAGUACGGAGGGUUAAUCACUAUUGUAUAGAAUGGUAACGCGAUACCGCGUGUGUGCUUAGCAUCUUAUUUGUAGCUUGU